AUGCACAGCACUGUCGAAAUGCCGUCCGAAGAGAUGAAGGUGGUGGCCAACCCCAGCCCCGCCACGGAUGCCACCAAGGACCUCAAGAUCGUCGAGGACGGGAUCGUGACGACGACGUCGCUGGGCGAGACGCGCCGCGUGUCCGCCAGCGUCGCUAUCGAGCCCGCGGCCGAGCGCCGCCUGGUGCGCAAGUUCGACCUGCGCAUCCUGCCCACCCUGGCCGUCAUGUACCUCUUCAACUCGCUGGACAAGUCGAACCUGGGCAACGCGAAGACGGCCCAUCUGGAGGAGACCCUGCACCUCACGGGCGACGACUACAACAUCAUCCUGUCCGUGUUUUUCGUGCCCUACGUCCUCACCGCCCCGUUCCUCGGUAUCGCGGGCAAGAAGUUUGGCCCCAGCAGGGUCUUGCCCAUUAUGAUGAUGAGUUUUGGCUUCUUCAGCUUGAUGAUUGUUGCGGCCUACAACUUCGGCGGCCUUCUCGCCCUCCGAUGGUUCUUGGGUAUGGCCGAAAGUGCCUUUUUCCCACUCGUCAUCUACUACCAAACCACCUUCUACCGCCGCGGCGAACUCGCCCGUCGUCUGGCGAUCUUCUACGCCGCGUCUUCCAUCGCUUCAGCGUUCGGCGGGCUGCUGUCCUUUGGAGUCUUCCAGAUCAAAUCCGGCAGUCUGGCACGGUGGAGGUACCUCUUUAUCAUCGAAGGCGGCUGCACGAUGCUCUUCGCCAUCUUCGCGUUCUGGUAUCUGCCCUACGACGCCCAGAGCGCAAAGUUCCUCACCCCCGAGGAGAAGCAGCUCGCGUUCUACCGAAUCCAGGUCGACUCCUCCUCGGUGGUAGGCGAGAAGUUCAACCUCCGGUCCGCCCUGGCGAUCUUCAAGCAUCCCACCAGCUGGAUCAUCCUAGGUAUCGAGAUCUGUUUGGGCGUGCCUCUCCAGUCCGUGUCCCUGUUCCUACCCGUCAUCGUCUCCCGACUGGGCUAUUCCACCGUCAAGACGAACCUUUACACCGUCGCGCCCAACAUCUCCGGCGCGGUGAUGCUGAUCCUAUUGGCGUUCGCGUCCGACUACACGCGGCUCCGCUUCCCCUUUGUCGCGCUGGGCUUCGCCUUCACCUGCAUCGGCUUCAUCAUCUACGCCGCGGUCGACGUCCACACGGAGCUGCACGUGGCCUACUUUGCUUGCUUCAUGAUGACCUGGGGCACCAGCGCGCCCAGCGUGAUCCUCGACGUGUGGUACAACAACAACAUCGCGGACGAGAACAAGCGCAUGAUGCUGACGGCCAUUGCGGUCCCCUUUGCCAACAUGAUGGGCGUGGUCUCGAGCAACAUCUUCCAGAACAAGGACGCCCCCAAGUACAUGCCCGCGCUGCUGACCACGGCCAUCUUCGGCGCGUGCGGCUGCUUCCUGACCUUGUUGCUGGGCGCCUGGAUGAUUGUCGACAACAAGAGGCGGGAUCGCCGGGACGGCCGCACCAUCAAGGCCAAGGACAUCCCCUCGGAGCUCCUCGCUGCUGGUCCUGCCAGUCCCGAAUAUCGAUGGUUUUUGUGA